AUGCCACCGAAGCCCGCACCCUCUGGCUCCCAUGCAUCGAACGCGACCGAAUUAUCCUUUCCAGACGUCCUUCUUCUAGCAUCCUCCAGCGGACUCGGCGGCGCAGGCUUGAAUUACGCAUUCCUCACCGUUUCUGCGUCAAGCCAAAGAUCCACGUCUAAAGAUGAUGCCUCCGCGACGGAUGAUGAAACAACAAGCUCUGCUUCUUACUCAAGCCAACUCGCCCCGAUGAUACCAACUUCAAGGCUCGUCAUGGAUCGAGAUGGUCGCAUUGUCCAUGUUCCCCAGCCUAUAUGGAAUCAAGUCCUUGCAGCGGUCACGGAUGCACGGAGGGCAAUGCUGCGCGAUGGAUUGGGCGGGACGUGGAGUCAGGCCACGGAGAUGUCCUGCCCAACGGACCAUUUCUUCGACCUGGCGCCGGAGGAGGGACAGUCUGGACUUAUCUGCUUCCGCCUUACUGCACAUAUGACUGAAAGGGUUGUGGGCAAAGCCGCAUUUGGGGCGGGGGAAAUUUUGCAUUAUCCACUAGACGGGCAAGAGCCACGAGUGGUGGAAGGGAUUCCGACGGUCCUACUGAAGCUCCAGUGGACAUGCGAUACGAUUAUGCAGCAGUUACUGCCCGUUCGUGCUAAGAUAUAUCUUCAUGAUUACGAACGUGAUGCGUUUGAGAUCGACCUGGAAACGCGCAACACUAUUAACGCAAUGUGUUCUGCUGUUCGAAUGCACGCAGCAGUCUUGCUACCAGGGGAAGACGAUGAGCUCUGA